GGAAUGUCAAAGCAAGGAGAAGGAGACAAACUAUGCAGAGAGUCAAGAAGAGAUGUCGCUGAGGCUUACGUGAAUAUGAAUAAGGCCAAUAGAGAAGAUAUGUGGUUCCUUGACUCGGGAUGUAGCAAUCAUAAGUGUGGGAAGAAGGAAUAUUUUUCAGAUUUUGAUGGAAGUUUCAGAGAUUCAGUGAAGCUGGGCAACAACUCAAGCAUGGUUGUAACUGGAAAGGGUAAUGUACUGCUGGAAGUGAAUGGAAUCAUAAUGAUAAUCACAGGAGUGUUCUAUGUGCCAGACCUGAGGAACAAUUUGUUGAGUAUUGGUAAAUUGCAAGCAAAGGGGUUACCUUUUUGUUUCAAAAUGGAACAUGCAAGGUGUUUCAUCCUGAGAGAGGCUUAAUCAUGGAGACAAAGAUGUCUUUGAAUCGAAUGUUCGUAUUGCAUGCUAUAUCUCAGCCUGUAGCAGCCGUUCAAACUCAAUUGAAACUUAUGGGGAAAAGUGGUUCAAGGUCUCUGUCGUACACUCACCGCUCCAAUUCCUAUCGCCAUAGUCAGAGAAGCAUAAGGGACCCAAGUUCUUCCCCCUAUCAUUCCACUACCAAUUCCAGGAGAAGCAGCCGUUCAAGUUCCCUCAGCCGCCAACGCAGAAGUAGGUCUUCCUCGUUAUCUCCUUUCCCCAAAUCGUCCAGUUCCAGUCCUAGUCGUGCAUCCACUGAUCGGAAUCAUUCCAUAGAGAAGCUUAAGAAAGAGGAAGAAGAGAAGAAAAGGCGUGAAACAGAGUUGAAGAAGUUAGAAGAAGAUGCAACUAGGAGGAUGGAAGAACUAAUUCAGAAGAAUGUUGAAGAAAGGCUAAACUCUAAAGAGACUAAAUUAGAAAUACAGAGGCGAAUAGAGGAAGGUCGCACGAAGUUGUUUGAUGAUGUUGAUGUGCAGCUUGAGAAAGAGAAAGAAGCCGCUCUUACUGCUACAAGACAAAAAGAAGAACAAGCACGAAAAGAGAGAGAAGAGCUAGAUAAAAUGCUGGAAGAGAAUAGAAGAAGGGUAGAAAAAGCACAACGACGAUUAGUUCUGGAGCUGCAGCGGAAGGAAGAAGGACAAUAUUGUGAGCUCGAGUUGAUUUAG